UCUCAUUCCUGCAGCAUGAAAAGAAAUGUCUUCAUGAUGAAAUCUCAAAAUGCAGGAUGAUUGAGAGAUAAAGGAAGAGAAAUGUGAGGAGUCAGAAAAGGUGAAGACUAAAAGAAGAACAGAGUAUCAGCAUGUCAACCACCUCCACCACGGUGGAUGUUGCCCUCAAUCCUCACAGGAGAUGGAGCAUAGAACAACCUCCUUAUAUGAGGAUUGUUCUCCUGGGUUCGAGCGUGUCAGAAAACAGUGUUGUGGGAAACUUCAUAUUAGGACGAGCAGCGUUUGACAAUGAAGCUCUUCCAGAUGUUGUAGAGAGAAUUGGAGGAAGACUGAAAAACAGACACAUAACUGUCAUCAACAGUCCUCAGCUGCUCCAGACAAACAUCUCAAACGAUCAAAUCACACAGAGAGCGAGAGAGUGUGUGAAUCUGUCUGAUCCGGGACCUCAUGUGAUUGUUUUGCUCCUCAAACAUGAGCAGUAUUCAGCAGAAGAUCAGGAGUGUGUGGAGAAGGUACUGCACUCUUUCUCUGAGCGGGUUUAUCAACACACCAUGGUGCUCAGCACUCAAGAUCCCGCUUGA